AUGGAUGAUUUGGACAGACCGACCGUUGCAAAUUUGACAAAUGAUCACUCGGAUUCUUUAUUGAACGGAAUGCAAAUAGCGACUAGCACCAUCGAACUGGUAUCAUCAACGGUUAUUCCUUUCACCCAAUUUAUUCCGCUUAUUAAAGAUGUAGGUGACAUUCUUAAUAAGGUUACGGAACUAUAUAGAACGGCUCAGCAUAAUAAGAAUAUAACAAAAAUUUUGACGGAACGUAUUGCCGCAGCAUAUUCCGCCGUGUGCAUUUUACAAACAAGAGAGGAUUUAUUUACCUCAAAGAAUUAUUCCAGUUUGCAAAGAUUGGUACAUGUACUACAAAAAAUGAAAAAAUACAUUGAAGAGAUAACACAAUAUAAUAAAGUGCAAAAAUUUUUAGGAGCAAAAAUGAUCGAGAAACAAUUUGAAGAGUUACGUAAAGAGUAUGAUAGUAGUAUUAGUCUAUUGAACUUUACUUUAACAGUUGGGUUUCAAUUUCAUGCCGAGAAGGAAGAAAAGAUCGUGAGAGAGGAUGUCAAGGAGCUUUUGAUUUUUCAAGAAGCCUUGGCGGAAAGUAUGAAUAAUUUUAAUAAGCAAGUCGAUAAAAAAAUGUCUGAAACAAAUGAUAAGAUGAACUCAGUUGUCGAAAUGGUUAGUGAGAUGUCAAUUACUAUGGAAAGUUUGAUAAACGAGAAAAGAGGUGUAAAUCAAACAAAAAUUGAUAAUAUCUUUCAAGAAGCUUUACUUCCGUUCCAUGUUUAUCAUGCGACGGAUGAAUCCAGAGGUCUUCGACCCAUGUUCUCAAAAAUGUUGAUAGAUCUUCAGGACGUCUAUAAAAAUGGUCAUUCGAAUGGUCGUAAACCAAUUCCUGUACGUAGAAUGUCUGGUCAAAAAGAGUUGGGUAAUUAUUAUUUGAUAAAGGCUGCUAAUAGAAAACAUGAAGGAGCAAUUCAAUUUUGUAAAACGAAUAAUAUCAACUAUUAA